CACUGCUUUAAGUGGCAUUACGCGCGUGUCGGCGUAAUUUUCACGAAGUUUUUAAUCAUUUUUAUUGUUUAUAUAUCGAUCUAAACGAAUGCGAGUGUAAUCAUACGUUCGUAAGUCGAAGUAGGGCCUACGGGGAGUUGUCGAGACCUCGGGCGCUCGGAUAGUUUGGGGCGCCAGCCACGCAGGGCGACUGCCGAAUGUGGAUUUGGGUUUUGUAAAGUUGUAAAAAAGUUUAAUUUUUGAUUUAAAGCUUUCGCGACUGCAGCGAUUCAUAUUCUUGGUUCUUUCGGUAAAGUCGCUUAGAAGGGAAAUGCUAAAAUAAUAUAAAUAUAAAACAAUAAAAAUCCACAGCAAGAAAAUUUGAAAAAAUUGUGUUCAGUCUGGUCGGUCUGAUAUCGCUGGAUAACAACAAAGCGUCAUGUUUAAGGCCAAGGUACUGGUGGUGGGUCCUGUCAAGAGCGGCAAGACGACCCUGGCAAACUUCUUAGGCGAUGCCACGGAGGCGGUGGGCGGUGAAUACAGCCCCACGCAGGGCGUGCGCAUCCUGGAGUUUGAGAGCGGCACGGUGGACGUGAGUGGGAGGGUGGUGACCUGUGAGGUGGAGCUGUGGGACUGCAGUGGAGACAUGAAGUUCGAGGCCUGCUGGCCGGCGCUGCAGAGGGACGUGAGCGGCGUGAUGCUGGUGUUCGACGCGGAGCAGGCGAGCCAUGCGCGCGAGCUGGAGGCGUGGCACACCGCCUUCGUCCUGCAGCCACGCCUGCAGGAAUCGCAGUGCUUGCUGGUCGCGCACCGCAAGCCUGGUAGUGACGCCAGCCGCCCUUUGCCAGGCCUCGGGGUGGCCCUCUCCAAGCUCCCGCUGGUGAUAUCCGAUCUGGAGGAAGUACCAGAGAGCCUGAGUGAGGAGUUCCGCGCCUUCCUGGGGCGGCUCGUGAGCAGCAUGUCCGACAGCCGUGACCGGGAGGAGCUGUCUAUCGUGGGCUCGUGAAAAAUAUCUACUAAAAUUUUCUUUGGCAAAACCAGCCCCCUCCCUCUUGGGUUGCCAGGCCUCCAGAUGUACACAAAACCCAGGACUAAUGGGAAGAAGAAUUUCAAAAAUAACUUGUUAAAUUCAUUGUCUUGAGUGGUGUAUUAUUGCACAACUGACAAAAUCCGAGUCUUAUAAUGUCCCAGGAAGACGGAUAGAUAUCCCAGGACCAACUAUCUCACAAAAAGAGGUGCUGGGAAAAAUCAGGACAGGUGGCAACCCUACGCCCACUCCCGCAACUGAGCGCACACCUCUCAUUGCUACAGUCUAAAACAGCAACUUUCAUUUGUAACGUAACCAACAUCGUCGAAAACGAAGUUACAUGAAAAGGAUGGGAGGGAAUGGGACACUUGCUGGAAGAAAUACAUUGAAUAUCAGAAUUAAAUUAACAGUAAUGUUUUGCUUUUGUGUUGACAAUGGGAGUGUGAAAGCUGAUUCAAAUGACACUACUGAGGCACUGUCAAAGGGUGUAUUUUUAAGUGUGUACUUUAAAAAAUGUGCUUUGGUGUCAUUUUCUCGAACAGACCGAUCUACUUGUGAUGCGUAUGUCAGACAGUUUUGAUUUUUAGUGAUGACGUUCAUGAUUGCUGUUUUGUCUUGUUCAAAAUUAUAUAUAAAGAGAAAAUCUUUUUUUCAGCUUUGUUGUCGUGUUCAGUUUGUAAACGCAUAUCGCAUGUCUGUAAUUUUGCGCUACCAAAUUAACACAUUAAACGAGUGUAAGCAACA